UGGUUUAGCUGACUUAUUCGGCGCAAGAGUAUUUUUCAGGAAUUAUUGAUAAUUUAUAAUUAUUUCAACUAAAAUUCCAUAUUUUAUAAUUAGAAUAUUAUAUUUUUUUAAUACGUUUUCCAAUAUUAAGCAAAAUAAAAUUAAAAAAAACUGGUGAAAGCGUCCAACAGGCGUUAGGCUUCUGAACCAUCUUUUUUAAUUUGCAAUAAGCAGGAUCUUGAAUCUACUUUUUCUAAACAACAUUUUCUAAUGCAUACAAAUAGGCGAAACUAUUAAAAUAUAUUUUCUCAGUUAUGUCUUCAACAAGAACAAGAAAAAGGGAACUUGUUAAGUCGGAAGGCAAUGAAGUUGCGCAAGACAAAGAAAAUGUCGAUUUUGAAGUAAUAGAUGAAAUAGAGUAUAAUGAAACAAAAGGUACAUAUACUAUAAAAACCAAAAAGGAGCUAGAUUCUGAAGAUGAUGAAGACUAUGAAGAAGAAGCAGAAGAUGAAGAUAACGAUGAGAGAGAUGAAAAAGACGAUGAUGCUGUUGAAACGUAUGAAAUAGCUGAUGAAGAGUUGGAAGGGGAAGUUUUUAUUCAUGUUUGUGCGAAGUGUGAUAAACAAUUUACUGAUGUAAAUAUCUUGAAAAAGCAUUUAACAUUCUGUAGUGAAUCAAUUCGACAAAUGUGGGAAAAUUUAAAAGAAAUAGAAGAAGAAAGUGCUAAAAUGCAAUUUGAUAAUUUGUGUUAUUGUUGUGGGGACAGCUUUGAAACAUGCCAUAGUGGACAUAUUAGAUGUCCCGAAUGUCCAAAAUCUUUUCGAAAUGCUAAAAGCUAUGAAAGGCAUGUUUUUUUGAUUCAUUCGAAUUCAGACAAACAUCCGUGCGGAACGUGUAAUGCAAAAUGUCCUUCGGAAAAAAUUUUAAAAUUACAUGAAGAGCAUCACAAAAAUCGCGGAAAACCUUUCGCUUGUAAGAAGUGUGGAAACGAAUUUACUCGUCUUUAUCAUUUAAAAAGACAUAUUAAGUACUCAGGUUGUGAUACAAAAACUGCUGAAGAAUUUGUUUGUAACGUAUGUAGCAAAGUUUUUCAUAGAGUAGAUAACUUAAGAAAUCAUCUUAGAGCACAUCUGGGUGAAGAAAAAAACAAUAGAGACUAUCCAUGCCCUUAUUGUGAAAAAAGUUUUUGUGGAACUUCAACUUUAAAUAUUCAUAUAAGAACCCAUACUGGAGAACGUCCUUUUGCGUGUGAUUUAUGUGAAAAAUUCUUUCCUUCAAACGCAGCUUUAAGAAAACAUAGACGAUACCACACAGGAGAAAAACCUUAUCAAUGCGCUUUGUGCGAACGAGCAUUUGCUGCCAAAGAAGUCUUAAAUAGACACAUGAAAACUCAUACUGGAGAAAAGCCUCAUUCAUGUGAAAUAUGUAAAAAAAGUUUUAUUCAAGCAACUCAACUAAGAAAUCAUAUGAAGAACCACGACACAUCCAAAUCAAAAGGAUUCGAAUGUGCUUUGUGUAAUCAAAGUUUUAACAGAAAAUCUAAAUUAUCAAAACAUUUAAUCAACGAACAUUCUUUAGCAGCUCAGCAAUUCAAUUGUACAAUAUGCACUUAUUCAUUCAAAAGUAAAGCUGGGUUAAGAACUCAUUUCACUAGAUGUCAUAAAGAGGAACAAUUUUCGUGUAGUAAAUGUAAGGAAACAUUUGACGAUGAAAAAGUUUUCAAUUUCCAUAAACUUACCCAUUCUGACAAUGAAGAUGAUGGAAGUGAAGAAGAAUUGAUUCCAGUAAUAGAUAUGAACCAAUGCAACAUUUGUUUUGAAAGUUUUCCAACUCAAACUGGAUUAAAGCGUCAUAGCCUUAAAAAACAUCCAGGCCCUAAAAAUAUUAAAAAAGAAGCUGCAUCACCACGCUUGUUAAAUGGAAGUACACAAUCCAAAAAGGUUACAUCACCACCUCCAAAGCGAUCCAAAAAAGAAAAGGUUACAAAAAAAACUGGAGAAAUUAUUGAAGAAUUUAUAAUUGAAGAACUUCCUGAAAACCAUGAUGCCGAAAUGCAAGAGGAAGAAACUUCCAGCAACUUAGUGAAGUCUAAUGGACCAUCUAUACAUUCACGCGAACAAAAUACAAUGCAAGUUAUGCAUUCUUCUCCUGCAAAAAGUGAAACAACCGUAUCUAAUAAUGAUAGAUCACCAACCAAAUAUGAAGAAGAAGAAUCAAUCAAUUUAGAAGAAGUAGAUGAAAUUUUAUUAGAAAUUGACAAAGAUUCAUUUUUAUUGAAACUGACCGAACCGAAAUUAUCAGAGGCAGAUGAAAAGUUUAAAGACAAUAUUACGAAAUUGUUAAAUUUCUUAGUGGACGAGAAGACACUUAGCAAGUUUGGUUGGCCUGAGGCUCCUGUUGAAAUAGUUUUGCAAAAAGUAAUAUUAAAUUGUGGACAUAAAAUUAACGUCAUUGACAACUCAAUAGAUUAUAUUACGCGAAUGAGAGAAUAUGUAAAAAUAUUUUUCAAUGUAGUUGUUGAAAGCGAUACUAUAAAAGAUUUGUUAAACAAUUUAACUAUUGAUGAGGUUAUUGAUCACUUCGUUAGCAAGGCCGAAGAUAUUUAAAUUUUAGGACAGACCUUUUUUUAUGUAUUCGUUUCUUAUUUUUAUAUGAUAAAGUAACAAUAAAGUAAAGUA